AGGAGGAACAAGAGGAAGAGGAAGAAGGCGCUUGGCAACACUGAGAGGCAGCAGCGCAGAGGAGCCGGCGGAGUGCAUUACCAUGGGCGUCGAGGUCAUCACCACAUCUCCAGGGAAUGGCCAGACCUGGCCCAAAGCUGGCCAGCAGGUAGUGGUCCAUUACACAGGAACCCUGACUGAUGGGUCCAAGUUUGACUCCUCACGGGACCGUGGGAAGCCCUUCAAGUUCCGCAUUGGGCAAGGAGAGGUGAUCCGCGGCUGGGAUGAAGGCGUGGCCCAGAUGUCUGUUGGCCAGAAGGCUCGCCUGGUCUGCAGCCCUGACUACGCCUACGGGGAGAAAGGCUUCCCAGGUGUGAUCCCCCCCAACGCCACACUGACCUUUGACGUAGAGCUGCUGGCUGUGGAGACCUAAUGGUGUUCUGCACUGCUGCUGAUGUUGCUGCUGCUGUGACUUUUUGGAAAGCAAGAGUGUAAGGAAUUCUGGUGUGUACUAAGGGUGCCCUGAUUUGGUUCUUCCAUCAUCUCCCUUCAAUUUAAGGCUGAUGAACUAUUUGUUUUGUUAAUUAUUGUUUAAGAGAUGAAAGUUUUAGUAAUUUCUCUCCAAAACAGAUAUAGAUGAUGCCUCUUUGCUCAGGAACAAUACAAAGUGAUGUGGAUGCUUGGUAACAAAGGUUCCAGUGUCACCCUUCUUACCCCAAAAAAGUCCUGUCUUGCAGUACUCAACAUUGAUCCUUGUCAGACUAGACACUUAUGUUCUACUACAUAUGCAAUUUUAUAUAUAUUUUUACUUUAUUACAUCUGUCUCUGACCUCAGUGAUGCUUUAUCAUUUUAGCUCCAACAGUGAAUAUUAGCAAAAGUGGAUGACAAAAUUAAGUAUAAUGCAGUGUGUUACAUUGAUAAUUGACUUGUUUUAAAGUCAGAUAGUUACUUUGCAGGAUUUGGCCUCUUAAGCUUACAGCGCAACAAGGUUUUGUCUGAUAAUGACGUUUGAACAGUAACUGGAGAAGAUAACCUAAGAUAUGUUUACACCAGAAUGUUCUGCACCACCUGUAUGUUGUUUUAUAGAAGUAGCAGCAAUCGAAAAUCACAUUUUACCUUUUUACUCGUAAAAACUUGGAUGGGUUCUUAUGUUUUAUCUCCAAACGUGUAGAUUAAAUAGUUAAAUUUGAGACCAGUAUUAUAACUAAUUGUUCUUUAAAGUAACAGGUCGAGGUAGUCUCUGAUCAAAGCAAUGCACUCUGGUAAAUUCACCUGUCAUGAGUCUGAGGUGUCCACUAGUUUUGGAAGUGACGAGUGCAUUGCUUCACGGUGAGAGCCUCUUGUUUCUGGUCAUUCAUUGUGUUAGACCCCAUGAGUUUGCACUAAGUACUCUUGGUCCAGUGGUUAAGUGAAGAGCAUUCCUUUUCAAUGUUCUCAACUGUAGGAUAUCCUUGCUGUGGCUAAACCUGUGCUUCUGUAGUGUAGAUACAUUUAUCUUGGAUUUGUUUGGUCCGGUUAACCCUAAUGGUUAGACUCAAGUUUCUGUGGCUCUUUCUCCAGUCUGCAGACUUUAUAUACCUUUUUUUCAUUCUUUUGUAACUUCUCAGUACAAGGUUCUUCUGGUCAAAUAAAAAUAUGAAUAAUUA